AUGACUGAUAAAGACGACUUCAACGCUGCUGCAAACAUAAUGAUACCUAUUGAGAACCCUGAAAGUUCUCAAAACAUGAUAGACAUCCAAAAUGAAGAGAAAAUGGCUCAUAUGGAACAAGAACUCGAGAUCUUGAGGGAAGAAUUGUGUCAAGUGCGAGACUUGGCCAAACUAUUGGCUACAACUUUCCCUACUUUCAAGACGCCUAUCUACUUCGCAAAAGCUGACUUGCCAAAUCAGCCAGAACAAACUCAACGCGCUCCUACUCACGGUCAAGUACCACUAGCUUCUCCAACCGCAGUCAGGACCGUUCCCGACCUUUCCAACCGCGACCCUACCAUACCUACAAUGCAGCAGAUACUUGGGUCACAUGUUGCAGCUCCGUAUGAGCCACAUGUUCCGCCCGUAUAUGCCGCUCGGGCUCCUACCUUCACUAUGCCAGCUGUUGUUAAUGUCCCAUACGAGGUCGAUCAAUAUGAAGAAAUGGAGAAAGAUGCUCGGUUGAAAGAAGAUGCGUCGAUAAGUGCCCAACUUCAGGGUCUGAGAAAAGCAUUGAAAAGCUUACAAGUCACUAGAGGGACAGCGAGUCUGGAUUAUGAUGAUUUGUGCAUCCAUCCAGACAUUGACAUGCCAGUAGGGUACAAAUCGCCGAAGUUUGACAUGUUCGAUGGAAAGGGUGACCCUCACGCACAUUUAAGGGCAUACUCUGACAAGUUAGUCGGUGUAGGGAGAAAUGAGAAGUUGAGGAUGAAGUUGUUCAUUCAGAGUCUGUCUGGAGAAGCAUUAACCUGGUAUACUCGCCAAGACCCUCGCAAAUGGCGUGACUGGCAGGAAAUGGCCGAGGACUUCAUGACUCGUUUUAGAUUCAACGCUGAAAUUACUGCUGACAGAUUCUCAUUGGCCAAUAUACAGAAGAAGCCAUCUGAGAAUUUCCAAGAAUAUGCACGAUGUUGGAGAACUGAGGCCGCGAGGGUGCAACUACCACUAGAUGAGAGUGAGCUCUCGAAGUACUUUAUUCGAGCUCAAGAAGGUAUCUACUUUGAUAAGAUGAUGUCAAUGAUGGGUCAAAAGUUUGCAGAAUUGGUCAAGAUGAGAGACUUUAUAGAGGAGGGUGUUAAAUCUGGGAAGAUUCAGUCUAUGGUCGCAUUGCAAGCUGCAAGUAGGGCUAUACAAUCGGGUUCCAUUGGCGGCAUCAAAAAGAAAAGGGAGGAUGUUUCCGCUGUCACUUACCAACAAGGAGGACCAUCUCACCAAUACCCCAAUAAUCCCCAAAUCGCUGUGCAUACUUCAUACGUCCCAGUGUUGAGGACAGCGAGAGUGCUGCAACUGGUUGAAGGAAAACUUUCUGAUCCAAUCCCUUGUAAUUUUGAUGGGAACAAGAGAUGUGCUUACCACUCGGGAGUCCAGGGACACGACACAGAAGAUUGUUAUGGUUUGAAGAACCAGAUCGAGUCUUUGAUCAGGAGAGGAGUAAUCAAAUGCACUCCGGCACCUCCCAAUGUGAACAACAAUCCCUUGCCAAACCAUGAGAAUCGGGAAGUCAACAUGGUUACUCUGGAUGACAAAUAUGGGACCCCCGACUAUCCAAACAUAGAUGAAGCGGAUGCCAUGACAUCUUCGGCGCAACCUGUUAUCACUGUUCAGCUAAGGGAACCUUUGACUGUCCAAACAUAUCUCCCAAGAGUUGUAGUGACCACUCUAAUUGCUAAGAAGCCUGAGUAUGACACCAAAGCAGUCCCUUGGGACUAUCGAGCAAGUGUCAAGGGCAAGAUGAUUGACACUGCCGUGGCUCAAGGGAUGACUAGGUCGGGGAGGUGCUAUGCCCCAGAGGACCUAAUUCAAAGAGUUCUCGAAAAAGAAUAG